AUUUUGUUUUACAGUGAAACAUUUGCAAACUUUAGUAGUAUGAGUAAUUUUCAGUUCUAUAAUAGUCACUCUACCGAACGUUUAUAGUUAUUUGUUCUUCGCAAGAAAAAAAAACUAAUCAAGAGAAGUUCUGGGGUCAUUGAAAGUGUAGAGAUAUACAAGUCAAACAAAAAGAGAAGAUAAUAAAUCAAAGGAAAUAUUAAGUGUAACAAUACACGAUGAAUAGCACAACAAUAUCUGCUCAUCAUUCAUCAAAUUUACAGCUUUUUCCUGUUUGUGUUUUUUUGGGUAUCACCUUUUAUAAGAGUUAUUUAAUUCCACUAGGAGAAGAUAGUAUGAGACAUCUUGAAGUGUUUACUUUUUUUGAAUAUUUGAAUAAUUUCGAUAAUGAAUUUGAAAUGAAAAAUCAAUUUUUGCAAAAAAUGCUGAAAGAAAGUCGACCUUCUAAGGUAGAAGAUUAUGAAAUACCUGAUACGAAAAACGUGGAUAAAAGAUAUCAAUACAUCAUUAAGACAAGUAUUUCUAAGGCAAAUAGAAUCUACAUACGAGGUGAACCAGUUAAUUCUUUGACAAUUGAAGUAUUCAACCGGGCAAAGAAUGAAAUAAUCAAAUUUUCUCAGAAUUUUAAUAAAAAUAAUCAACAUUUUCCGUUAAAUUACAUCGAUAAGAGCCCAUGUCUUCUGGGAAUAAGUGUCAAAUUGAAUUUUUUUGUAACUGAAAGUAUGUAUAAGAAUUAUAUUUCACCAAUAUUCCAAGAAAAAAAUAUUAUUGGAAAUUCUCAAAUGGCAAGAAAAUUGAAGAUUCCCUGUUCUUUGGAUGAAACUUUAUACAAUAGCUGGACAAUGGCACUAAAACAAUUUUGUGAAAAAGGCAUAUCUGGUAUAAGGAAAGAUCAAGUUUUAUUGAACAGAGUUCGAAGAAGUGUCGAGGUAAUUAAUAAUUGUCAAAUCACAGUAUUAGAAAAACAGAAAACUGAAAAUGAAAAACAAAAAGAUAUGUAUUUUACAGAAAUAAUAUCAAAAAAAGGGUUUGUUGAAGUUUUUAAGAAUUUGAAAAGAAAAAAAGAUGUGUUUUAUUUUAAUGAUAUUACUCUAUUGACAGAUAUUAAUUUCGAUUAUGGAAAUAUUUAUAGGAAAAAAUCAAAAUAUUCUUCAGGUCAUACAAACGUUUUAUAUCAUAUUAAAUUUACUUCUCAACAUAGACUUGUCAAUUUAACUGCAUUUAAUGAUAGGUUUAAAAACCAAUACAUUGUAUUUCCAGAAAUUGAUUUCCUUGUAACAGAUGUCAUAUCUUUUCAUGGAAUUCUACAAAUUGAAUUGGAGGAAAAACCAACUACUAUAGACGAAUGGAAAUCAAUUAGAAGGGAUAAAUAUAUGUCACUUAACAAUAAAGAGAAGUCUAAAAGAAUGAAAAUUAUUGAGAAUGCUGCAUACCUUAUAUCAUUAAAUGAAAAUUUUAAAAGAAUAUAUAAUAUAGAAAAAUAUUUAAGAUUAUUCAUUUUAAAUAUCGACAGCGGUUGUAUUAAUUCAGUUCCUUCUUAUAAUAUGUUGGCAUGGGAUAUUCAACAAGAAAAUAUUAUUUUUCCAUCAAAAUAUUUGCAUUAUUUAAUGAAUAAUACUAAUAUUGUCAUUGAUGAUGUGCUAUUUAACAAAAAAAAUACAUUAUAUCCGGUUAAUUAUUUGAAUGAUGAAAUUAUCAUGAUAAUGUAUGUUUCUCGUGAGUCUACUGAUUUGAUGGUAAUAGAACAUGUGUUUAAAAAAUAUUUAAAUGAAUCUAAAAUUAAGUACAUCAUUAAUUUUUGGCAAUACUAUUUCAUUUAUAAAGUUUUAUAUAAAAAGGAAACAAAUUAUAAUUAUGUACGUGCAUAUAAUGCUGCAAUAUAUACACAGGCUCUAAGGCAAUGUGAUGAGAAAUUUAUCAAUGAUGAAACGAUCCUUUAUCGUGCUGAGUAUAUACCUAUUAAUGAUUUCUUAAUUUUAUCAGAUUUCGUUAAUGGUGAGCUAUUAAGUUAUCAAGAAACAUUUGAACUUUAUUACACAAAAGAAGAAGCAUUGGAAAAUUGUCUAUUUAGUAAAAAUUCUUCUGUUGGUAAAUUAAUUAUUCACAAAGUGAAAAUUAAAAACCAAGCUGUAUUAUUGGAUUUUAAUCGUAUAUUGAAUAAGGAUUUAGAAACAAAGUACUUACUUCCUCAAGUUAUUGAAUUGAAGAAAUAUAGCAUGGAGCCGAUAAGUAUUGAAGGUAAAGAUGAAGAUGCUAUAGAACUGAUAGAAUAUGAGGACGACGAUACCCCAAAAGAGAAGAUAAUGGUUAAACUAGCAAAUCUAAUUGAUGUACACUUAAAUGUCGAUCAUCCGACGAGAAUAUUAUAGAAUCAAACGAUUGCAAUGUUGAUAAUAAUAAUAUGAAUUGAAAUCAUAGUGUUAUUUAUUUUUCUUUCAUAAUAAAUUUGUUAAUAAUAAUUAAUAUAAUUAUAAUUAUUGAAUUUUUUUUUUAAUCAAAAAUACAAAAUUUUUUUAAAGUUUCUCUGACUGAAAUAGAUUUUUAAAGACUAGUGCCAACCACUGAUCUCUAUAAUAUAUAACUCUUUAUUUUGAAUGUCUAAUAUAAAAAAAAUGUUUUAAAAGGAAUUAAAUAAAAUUUGUUAUGUAGUAGAGUCAGCCGGGGUAAAUCCGAACGCUUUUAAUAAGUUUCAACAAUAACAUAAGUUUUUUCUUUUAAAAGACAAUACUUCCGGUAUUCUGGUGCAUGAAGUUGUUACUUUAUACUUCCAUAGAACAAUUUUAUGGGGUAGCAAAAAUUUUUGAUAAAUUACAUUCGCAGGAAACUUAGCGUUCGUAUUUACCUCGAUAUACUUUGCAAAUACGAACGCCGCACUAGAAAAAUCUUAGGGAAAAUAAAUUUAAAGUAUUGCAAUUGUUAAACUUAUAUAAAAAUUCAAAAAAAAUACGAUAAUAAACCUAUUAUGUAAUAAUGCAUCAUAAAUAAAUACAAAAAUCAAACAGAAUUAAAAUGCAUUACACAAUUAAAAC